AUGUUAGGGACUGUGAAAAUGGAAGGGCAUGAAACCAGCGACUGGAACAGCUACUACGCCGACACUCAGGAGGCCUAUUCCUCGGUGCCCGUGAGCAACAUGAACUCGGGGCUGGGCUCCAUGAACACCAUGAACACCUACAUGACCAUGAACACCAUGACGACAAGCGGCAACAUGACCUCCAGCUCGUUCAACAUGUCCUACGCCAACACGGGGCUGGGGGCUGGGCUGAGUCCCGGCGCCGUGGCCGGCAUGCCGGCAGGCUCGGCGGGGCCCGUGAACGGCAUGCCGGCCGGCGUGGCCGCCAUGGGCACGGCGCUGAGCCCCGGCGGCAUCAACGCCAUGUCUGCCCAGCCGGCGCCCAUGAACGGGCUGAGCCCCUACGGCGGCAUGAACCCCUGCAUGAGCCCCAUGGCCUACACUCAGUCCAACCUCGGCAGGACGCGGGACGCUAAGUCCUUCAAGCGGACCUACCCCCACGCCAAGCCGCCCUACUCCUACAUCUCCCUCAUCACCAUGGCCAUCCAGCAGGCGCCCAGUAAGAUGCUGACGCUGAGUGAGAUCUACCAGUGGAUCAUGGACCUUUUCCCCUACUACCGGCAGAACCAGCAGCGCUGGCAGAACAGCAUCCGCCACUCGCUCUCUUUCAAUGACUGUUUCGUCAAGGUGGCCCGCUCCCCCGACAAGCCCGGCAAGGGCUCCUAUUGGACCCUGCACCCCGACUCCGGCAACAUGUUUGAAAACGGCUGUUACCUCCGCCGGCAAAAGCGCUUCAAGUGCGAGAAGCCGGCCAACAGUAAAGCCACUCAGGAGGGCAGAAAAGAUCACGCCGGGGCCUCUAGUUCGAGCUCCAACUCCCCCCUGCACAGAGGCCACAACAAACCUGCGCAGCUGGACACAGCCACCUCCCUCUCCAGCUCCAACCCGUCCACCAGCCCCCAGUCUAUGGACCACAGUGGAUCAAGCACGGAGCUAAAGACCUCGGCCUCGGCCGCCUCCUCCACCAUCAGCUCUGUACCCACCUUGGCCUCCGUCCCACACCCCCCUCACUCAUUAGCCCACGAACCCCAGCUCCACCUCAAGGGUGAUCCCCACUACUCCUUCAACCACCCGUUUUCCAUCAACAACCUCAUGUCCUCCUCGGAGCAGCAGCACAAGCUGGACUUCAAAGCCUACGAGCAGGCGCUGCAAUAUUCCUCUUACGGGGCCAGCAUCCCCGGCGGGCUGCCCCUGGGCAGCGCCUCCAUGGCUGGCCGGAGCAGCAUCGAGCCCUCGGCCCUAGAGCCCUCCUACUACCAAGGCUUUGAAGGACAAUACUGCUGUGAAGUAGCAAAACACUAAGAGAAUCUCUAAGCAACAAGAGAACUAUUUACUUUCUCGGAUCAUCCUUUUGAUACUUGCAAAAUAAACCUUCGGCUACUACAACCCGCAUAAAACCCAGAUGCUGCGGGCCGGAUCCUGCACUCCCGAGGGGACCAACUGGAGCUUUGGAGUGCAGGAUGCGACCCUUAUCUUUUUCCAAGUGUUACCUGUUUUGGGAUGUAAUAUAAAGUUAAAGAGGUCACAGCCAGUUGGAUUUUUUUUUUCCUUCCCAUCUGUUACUGAAGAUUCUAGUUCAUCAGGAACUCUCAUCAACACGUGGAUGACAUACUUGUUUAAUUUGUCUUCAUUGUGUACCACCUAGAAGUGUGUAUCUAUAACCAGGUUAUUUCCCCUCCCCUAGGAAACAUUGACUACUACACUGAUGCAAGGAAAAGAGGACAGCUCUGUCUCUCCACCCUUUUCAAACUUGUCAAAUAAAAUUUUUUUGGCCCUUUAAUUAUCGCCAUCGUUAGCUUAUUUCAUCCAGUGUUAUUGCACUUUCCACAGUUUUACACGGUAUUAGCAUAGCCAGACGGGUUUUAUUAUUAUUCCUGUUCGCUGUUUCAAUGUUCUUAAUUUAUU